AUGCCGAUAUCCGUGACAGGCCUGGUUCAUCGCUUUGCUCAGGAUUUCGACGCUGACAACGCAAUCUCCAAGAUGAUGGCAAGCUCUCGCUGGCCUCGUCCGGAAUACGCCAGGAAGGUGGCAGAGGACGGUUUGCUUCAUCCGCUUUCACCAGAGGAAAUCAAACAGCUCUGGCGCCGCAAUGCUCGGGAAGCUGCCACCAGAGGCACCUGGAUGCACCUUCAGAUUGAAGUUCUUCUCAACGGCGGCAGCGUGCAGGGCGAUUGCUGUGAGCUUCGUCUGUUCGCUCGUUUCCUUAGAGAGUACCCGUUGCCUCUCAUCGCCUUUCGCGCGGAGUGGUGCAUUUUCGCCGAGGAGGAAAAACUGGCAGGAUGCAUUGAUUUUGUGGCUAAGUGCUCGACCCGUGAAGUUAUUCUUUUUGACUGGAAGAGAACAAAACAGCUUCGUAACAAGUACAGCAACCCUUGGGCGAGUAUGAGGCACCCAUUAUCACAUCUAGCAGACAGUGCUGGAGUUCAUUAUCGUUUGCAGCUCAACCUUUAUAAAUUCAUUCUCGAGAAAUACUACGAUCUGAAGGUGCGGGCCAUGCAUGUUGUUUGCUUGCAUCCGGAUAAUUGUGAUCACGGACCUUUCCUGGACACCGUGCCGGACAUGCUCGUAGAGGCAAAGGCCAUGCUGGAUACACACAAACUUGCCCUCGCAGCCGACCAAAAAGAUCUGCGCGGCGGUGCUGCUCCCGCUGAGAAAGUGUUCGACUGCAAAACCCAUGACGCGCUGAAUGUUUCCGGUGCAACGGAGCAAGGUCAGCGUGGCAAUGACAAUCUGCAUGAGUCAACGGCUGAGAAGCACGGUCAGACGCAGCAGGAUGGUGUCAAAUCGAGCGCCGCUACGCAAAACUCUUCGUUCGGGCCUCGCCCGUAUGCUUUGGUAGCCUCCGAGCUACGUGCAGCUGGUUUGCAGCCAUAUACGGCGAGCAAUGAGAUGAAUGAUCGCGAGAUCCUGAAUGGAAACUUCAACAACCUGUAUCGUCGCCGUGUCUUGUUGUUUGUCGGACAAAGUGUUUCCGCAGGUGCGCAAGAAGAAAAUGAUAGCUUUCGUUCCAUGUGCGGCAAUGACAUGCGCGGAGGAGCCUCGCAAGACUCAUGCGAUGCUCGUCUUGAACAGGAGUACGACCUCAUGGACACCGAGGACAUUGCAGCCGACGAACAUGCGGAUUCGCAGACCGAGCAACUAGCACUGGCGCUGCCUUCUAUUCUGUCAGAGGACACCCUAGCGGCUGCCAAGCAAAGACGCCUGACGCCAGGCGCAUCAACAAGCUCGGAUGCUUUCGACGGCUUCUUUGCGGCCACAUCCGCAGCCUACGAUGUUUCAGUCGAAGCUAGGCCUCAAGCAUCCGAGGAACGCAUCAACGGGUCUGUCAGGGAGCAGUGUCGUAGAAUUCUAGCUUACACUAGAGCGCAUCAGCCUGCGUGGCCGGAAGACAUGAUUCGCAUGGGCGCAGCAGCCAUUCUCGUGUACAGAACGCGGUACACGGACCUCUUCGUGCGCGACUUCGUGGGCCUCAUCUGGAUAAUCGAGGGAGAGCGUUUUAUUCGAGCGCAUGCAGGAGUUUGCUACCCGUAUCAUGAUGACGGUGCUUUCGAGGUAGAAUAUGUUGUCUCCGCGACUGCAGCAAUCCAGGCUUACAAAGGCGUGCCGCCAGAAUCCACGUUCUACAGGAUCAAAACUUUUCUGCUGAGGCUGGAAGGAAUCUUUCGUCUAAUGUCGCCUUCGACUUCGCGGUCGGACCAGGGCAUCCUCACGGAGAUCGCACAGCUCCGCUUGCAAUACAACAACCUCAAGGAGUUCCUGCUGGCUGCCGAGGAUGAAGCCAUGGCGUCCGGGCCUGGAAGGCAGCGCGCAGGAAGGCGAGCAGGAGAUGAAGGUGAGGCGAGCCAUGGCUGGCCCGCUUGGACUGCGGAAAUGCUAGCCAAAAUCCUGGCUCCUCUGCAGAAAGAUCUUCUGGAUGAACGUACUUCGGUGCGGACAAUCCCACCAGUAGAUGAUAUUUUCAGUUCUCGGUCUGGGUGCGCGUAUUCGGACUACUCGGUUCUUUAUGAUGUGUCCGAGAACGAGCAUGUGAGGCUGGUCCCCGCGUCGCCCGAAAAUAAUUUGUACAUUCGGAUUCCAUACCCGCUCGUGAUGCCUCUACCAGACCCGGUUCUGCAGCAAGCAAGUGAGAGGCACGCAAGAUUUAUUAAACAAACCUUUUGGUGCAACGAAGACUACUACAGAGCGACCCUGUCCGCCAUCGCCUUGGCCAAACGUGGUGAAAAUGUUGACAGGUGCUUCAUCGGCGAGUCUGCUGGAGGCACCGGACAGUCGCUGUUCAGCAGCCAUUUGGCCGCUGUCUACGGGCCUAAUCACGCCUUUAUCGACCCCAACCUUUUCCACAACGAAGAGGAAAUGCGUAAGCAACUUGAGCAGUUUGCGCAUUGUUGGAUCAUCACCGCUCAAGAAGCGCCACAGACUCACAAACACUUCCAACAAGAUCUCUUCAAAAAGCUCAUGUCUGCGGACGACUUGGCCGGCCGGCGUCCAUAUGGCUUCGUAACUCGAAUGCUACGUGUUAUUGGUUUCAAACGCUUCGAGACCAAUCGAGUUAUGACGUUCAAGAACGUGAUGGAAACCAACUUCAACUCCAUUUACCGGCGGUGCUUGGUGUGGAAUCCUAAGCCAAUUUUUGUCGAUGAUGUCGCGUUUGGUGAACAAUAUCCAGACCCAGAAGCAGACGGCAUCUUUGUCAAGGACCCAACCCUCAAAGCUUUCCUUGAAAGCGGGCCAGCCAUCGCUGCCAUGCUGAAGCAGCAGCAUGGCUUCGAGUCCUUGCAUUCCAGGCAGGUCUGCUUGCGCAUGAUCGAGGAGUUUGCCCGCGGAGGCAUCACUGAGCGCAAAAUGCGCGAAGCGUGUGGCCUCGAACCUCGACCAGUUCCUUGGCUGAAGAAUUAA